AUGAGAUUCAAGAAAUUAGGCAUAUACAGCAGUAGUCAUGUAGAUGUAGAUGUAGAUGCAUUGUCACCAAGAUCCAAGAAGCAGAUGCUGAAAUUGCAUUGUGACGUUUGCAAAAAGACAUUUAGUCACAGAAGCAACCUGAAACAGCGUUCUGAGCUGCAUACAGACAGUAUUCCAUACAUCUGCAGUGUGUGUCAUAAGAGAUUCAGGACAGACACAAUCCUCAAGAAGCACACCCAUGUGCACGCAGAUGACCAUCCCUGGACUUGCGCAUGUGAUGGCGCCUGCUCCGCAAAAGACAUAGAGGACGCGCUAGUGAAGCGCGCAUGCGUCCAGAAAGGGUACGGUUCACUAGGCGAUAGAGCUCAGUGCUUGGGACCCGAAGCUGGCCUGGAUAAGCACGGCAGUACUGUGCUACGUGCCGUUACUCCGGCCGCACCACGCCUGCUUCCUUCAGAGGACAGCAUUAACGGUUUCCGAAGAAAACGAAGCGUCCAGACAUUUCCGAGGCAACAGCACCCGCUGCGCUGCAUAUUCCUCACAGGUGAAGGUGGAUCCAAGACCGGCAGUGUGGCCCAUUGUGUACCAGGAACAACGUUCAUGAUGGGGUGCAACAAAUGUUUGUGUAGGCAGUGCGGCAGGAGAGCGUUUUGUACCAAAAAGGACUGCCACAAACAACUAAGUGAUGUGUGUGUACCUGGAAAAGUGACAAAAAUGGAGUGCAACACUUGCAUCUGCAGUGCUGCAGGAAGGUGGGCGUGCACUUACAAGGAGUGCCACAGCGGUUUCAAAUGUGCGUAUCACUGUCCUAUCGCCUUUUCUUAA